AUGUUGAAGGCCUGCGAGCACUACUCCAUGCAGUUCGCAGCUUUCCUGCGAACUUGUGAGGACCCGCACCGGUUUUGCGCAGUAGUCGGUGUGCAAGUACCGGAAGACCAAUUUCAGCGGGACGAGAAGUCCUACGCCAAGAGCUGGGCUUACCACGGCCAGUGUUGCGCAAGCAUGUUCUUGAAGAAAAUGAGAGUUCAAGUUGAUCUGCAGCCGCUGCUUCAGAUCGUGCAGGAGGAUGUGCGGCGCCUCCUCGAGCGACCAGACUGGGUUGGAAAGGGCACAGAGGAUGACGUCGUCAUGGCCGUGGCUGAUCCCACGGGAGAGGACUAUCCCCUGGUCUGGAUCUCCCACGGAUUCGAAGAACAGACGGGCUACCAGCGCGAGUGGGUCUUGGGGCGAAACUGCCGCUUCCUCCAGCCCAAAGACCACGACCGCAACGAGCGCUUCAACGGCGAUCAACUCGACAAGCUCCGCCUCUUCUGCCAGGAUGCCAGGAAGAGUCGCCGGCCGACGCUCACGAACACCUUCGCCCUGCUGCUGAACGAGCGCAGGAACAGCUCACCGUUCUGGAACCUCAGCAGCUACCUCCAUGUAGAGGUCAACGGCAAGCCCUUCAUCGUUUCGGUUAUGCUGCCGUUCCGCGAGGAGAAAGUUCGCCUAGCCGAGCUGCUCAGCUUGGAUCCCGAGGCCCUGGCGCAGCAGCAGCGGCUGAAGGGCCUCCUGGCGCACCACGAGGGCGGAGCGAAAUUCACGAGCCUGGAGGCGGUCGUCCGGCAGCUAUUUUCUGUGUUCUUCGACGACUUCCCCAGAGUGCUUCAGGCCCCGUACCUCGCAGCAGCAAACGGCCCGCUGCGAAUGAUGCCUAUCUUUGGGUUGGAAGUCGGAGCAAACAACACGCAGGCAAUGGCUGGUUCCUUGAAGGCCGGACUCCGGCAUGUGCACAUUGUCCUGCCGAGUGGCCCCACGACGAAGGCAACGGAUGGAAGCACCUUCGUACGCAAGAUUUUGCCCUUGAAGCUGGCGGAAGUCAUGAACAACCUGCAGCGUCAGCAUUUGCACUAUCUCCGUGAGGCCAUGGUGAUCACCGUUCGGACACCGCCGCACCUCAUCUUCGUCCUGGCGGAGGUGCGCAAGACCCUGGCCACUGCGGGCUACGCAGUGCCGGCGAUGUGGUCUUCGAUCCUGGUGGCCUUGGCUGCGGUGGCCGGCGCCAUGCGCCCAAAGGCUGCCGAGGAGCCCAGCUUUCUGGAGGGCAGAUACGAGCGGUUCGAUCAGCUCUACAGGCAGUACUUCAAGCACUAUGAGAAGGGCACCCCUAGAAGCAUGCCAGGGCUGCAACCCCACGAGAUCCCUCUACAGUUCGAGUUCGAGGUCCCGAAGCGGAUGUAUGUCCUGAACAUGACACCCGAGCUGCUGCUGCUGCGCGGUGGCAUCACUCCGUCGAGCGUGAUGCAGGCCGGGGGGCUUGGUGCCACCUUUACUAGCGGCUCCCCCUUCUGGUACGUUGAAGUGGAUGGCCUGGGAAGCAAGCAUCACCAGGUGACUCAGGCCCUCCCGGAGGCCAACAGUGUGGUUGUUCGAUCACAGACUGUGCUCCAUUCGAGCUUCGCAGAAGACUUGGUGAACUACUUCGACAAGCUUCAUGUGCCGCAUGCGGUUCACAAGACUUCCUUUCAGUUCACAGUGGGCGUUUCUCUGGCGCGGAUGAAGCCACUGCUCAGCAACGCUAUGCCUCAUGCUACCCGUGCGCACGUCCACAAGCUUUGCAGGAGCCUCCAGUGCAGCGACAGCUAUGAGGGCUUGCUGCUUCUGGGCUCCAUGGUCCUGCGACAAGCUGCCGGCUGCGGUUCCUGUGGCUUCCCAAAGCGAUGCCAGUCCCCGUGGUUGCUCCGAACGCACUUCGGAGACCUAGUUCGAAGCCUUCCUCCGGAGGAGCGAGGUAACCUUACCGGCGACAUGCUGCAUGCUUGGGGCGGAGAUCCGGAUGCCCCCCUCUACCCAGAGGGCAUCAUGGACUAUCUGCACUUUCCAGAGAUGGCGGAAGUCGGGGGCAUGGUGCGAGCGCGCCGCGGCACGGAAAACAUCAGCCGCGAGAUGCCAGUGGAAGAGGACAGCUUGCUGCAACUAGCCAGCGACAUGCUUAGCCACAAAAAUCGGGAGCAGAUCGACAAUCGCCUACGAGGCCGCCGCUGCGAAGUCAACGCCGAGCGGCCGGCCACCGGCGGCGCCUGGAUGGCGCCCAGUGCGCGGCAGUGGCUGCAAGCCGCAUCUUUGGGUCAGGAUCUGAUGUCCGACCAUGAUUCGCCAACUUCCAAGGCGAGCCUCAGUCGCACCCUGUGGCGCUCCAUGGGACAGUGGCGUUUGUCGGCUGAGGAGCCGAGGAUCUUCCUGGAAUGCCGUGCGCCAAGCAAGUGCCUGGGCAAAAGCGAUGCCAAGUGGGCGCACCUCGGCUAUGAAGGCAUGCUUCUGGCCGUUGGCCUCUUCGGGGGCAACGCCCGGCUCUUCAGCGCCGUCCAAGCGGCCAAAGCUGCCCCAGUGUCCAUCUGUGCCGUGAAGGUCCACCCUGGGAAGAGGCCGGACGAGCCAGAGAUGCGGCUUUUGGCCAAGCUCGUCACAAACACGCCUUUUGCACGUCACCUUGGCGCCAUGGAGUGUCUAGCCGCGGUGUCGCAACUAUGCUCCGCCACAAAGAAGCAGACGAGGCUCUACAUCAUCCGGCACGGUGAAACCGUCUGGAAUGCAGAGCGCCGCAUUCAGGGGCAGCUUGACAUCGACCUCAAUGAAGUGGGCAAGGUCCAAGCCGAGAAUACUGCGGAUGCCUUGAGCCGGCUGGGGGUGCUCGGCCGCGCAGCGGCGGUCGUCAGUUCAGAUCUCCUCCGAGCCUCCAGGACGGCUGACAUUAUCGCGGCUGCCAGUCCCCGCAAGCUGCACCGAGCGAUGGAUGCAGGCUUCCGGGAGAUCAACUUCGGCAAGCUUCAGGGAUCGAGCUCAGACUGCCCUGACAGCAAAGCGCUCCAGACGGCGAACAUAAAUGCCUGGCUGCAAGGCGACCUCUCCAAGGGCUACCCUGAGGGCGAGGACGGCUGUUCACUCAUGUCGCGCUCGCUUUCGGCACUUCGCAAUGCUGCGAAGCUCGGCGAGGUUGUUGUCGUUGUGGCCCACGGCGGCAUGAUUCGCUGGACCGCGGCUCAGAUCGAAAGCGGCGAGGCGCCGCUCCGGAAGGGUGUGCCUUUCUCCGACUAUGCGGCCACGUUGGUGAAGCAGCCGGUGGUGAACUGCUGUUGCUCCACCGUGAUCUACGACCACGACUCCGACAGCUUCCACCCGGAAGCCUGGUUUGCGGACCUCCAAUCCGUGUCCCAGGUGAACACCGUGAAGGAGUGGCUUGGCCAUUUCAAGACAGCAGCACCAUGUGCUCGGGGGGCGGUCCUGGGCGAAAAGCCCAGGGAAAGGAUGUGCAGCCAGCGCAAAUGCGGCUUGGAAUGUUUGGGGAUCCUGCCCAUGGCCUACAACGUCUUCGGACCUGACCAGAGCUGGAUCCAGACGCCUCACGCACAAUCUGCGGCCGCCAGGCUCGGCAUCACUCCUGCGACCUUGGCCUUGAAGUGGCUGGAGCACCGAGGAUUCUUAGCACUGGUCCCAGAACUCCAAGAUCUCUUCAAGUCCACGGAGAUUGAUGACCAUCGCUGGUUCAUGCAUAUGUACCGCGAGGCGCCGUCGGUGGAGAUCUGUAUGAAAGUCCUCGUGGCCACCGGCCUCGGGGCGAUUCCACCCGCAGCGAACGUUGAGGAGCCGCAGCAGCCAGUCGCAGCAACACCACGGAUCUACAGGCCCGGCCCUGCGCCAGAGGUGCUGCCUCAACCAUCCCCCGAGCCUGCGCCGUUGCGACUGCAGGCUCUGCCGGAUUUGCGGCAGCGAGCCACGAAAGCACAGCCACAGGGCAUUGUCUGGGAUGGGCAGCCAGCGGCGAAGCGCGUGAUCAGCGCAGUGCCUCUUUGUCUGGGCUCGCCGCAAUCCAACCGGGACUGCCUGGAGGAUGGCUCCCGUGACUACGAGCUUCCCCCCCGGCCAGGCCUUCAGGACUAUUCCCCGGCCCUUUCCGGGUUCCAAGCAAUUGGAGCCAGCGACGGCUUGCAGAAGGUUCCACUGCCACCUGGGCGCGCCAGGUCGAACCCUCGGCCGAAGGGACGUCACAAGAAGCCGAAGCCGGAGAUGGUCGUCGUCUCUAUGGCCUCGCCGGACAUGGAGGAGGAAGCGGCACCCGAGUUCGGCUACCAGAGCCUUUUCGUUAGCCUCGGCACCAAGUAG